AACAUCAUCGGCGACAUCGUCACCAUCAACAACCCCCCCCCCGCUGCCGCCGCCUCCACGGCGGUCCGCCUUCAAACCAGUCGCAGUUGUUACGGCGGGCGGGCAGCAGCAGCAGCAGCGUGCGCUUCGCCUGGUGUUAUCGCGAAGUUUAUGAAUAUUUUAAAAAAUAUAUAUUUUUUAUUUUAUCCUUCCCAUCCCACCACCCCCUUUGCUCUCUCCCUCCCCCGCCGAUGCUGCUUCAAGCAAUGGCGAAUGGGCUUCAACGUAAAUAUUAAGAGUCUUGAAGGCGGCGCCUGCAGUGGCCAUUGACUUAAUGCAGUUCGCCAGAGCCUCUUCAGUCGGCUUGUCGGGGGCCUUGCAUUGAGGGCUGUGACGAGGAAGUGAAGGAGAAGGAGGAAGAGAGAACGUGAGAGAGCUCCUGCUGCCAUGGUGCUCUUCAGCGGUUCACUGCGAGUGAGGGUACGGGAGGCGGCCGAGCUGAAACCCACGCCGUGGUCACUCCGGCACUCGGCGCUGGUGCCUGGCAUGAAGGUGGUGUCCCGCUCACAGGCCAGCCAGCAUCAGCAGCACAGCCAGCAGCAGCAACAGCUUCAGCAGCAGCAACAGCAGCAGCAGCAGAGUCCGCAAAACCAACAGCAGGGCCAGCCAAACCAGCAGCAACAGCCGCAAUCGGGCCAACAAAAUCAACAGAAUCAACUGCAGCAGAAUCAGAAUCAGCAACAGAAUCAGCAGCGCCCACUGCUGGAUCCGUACGUUGCGCUCAACGUGGACGACUUGCACGUGGGGCAGACGCAGACGAGGCAGCGCACCAGUUGCCCGCGCUGGGAUGAGGAGUUUGUGACGCAGGUGUGCGAGGGGCAGCGCAUGGAACUUGCCGUCUUCCACGACACGACCAUCGGCUACGACGACUUUGUCGCCAACUGCACCAUCUCUUUCGAAGAGCUGCUGCAGAGCGAGAGCCUGCACUUCGAGAGCUGGGUGGACCUGGAGCCAGAAGGCAAGGUGUAUGUCAUCAUUGACCUGACACCCAAGGAGACCAAAGAGCGGCCGGUGUUCCGCGAGCGCGUGCGGCCCCGCAAGAGGCAGGGCGCCGUGCGCCGGCGCGUCCACCAGGUCAAUGGACACAAGUUCAUGGCCACGUACCUGCGCCAACCCACCUACUGCUCGCACUGCCGCGACUUCAUCUGGGGUGUCAUAGGAAAGCAAGGAUAUCAAUGCCAAGUCUGCACAUGUGUCGUACACAAAAGAUGCCAUGAGCUUAUUAUCACCAAAUGCCCUGGCAUGAAGAAAGAAGCCCAAGAUGAAGUGGGAAGCCAGCGGUUCAGCGUGAACGUGCCGCACAAGUUCUCCAUCCACAACUACAAGGUCCCCACGUUCUGCGAUCACUGCGGCUCGCUGCUCUGGGGCCUCCUGAGGCAGGGACUGCAAUGCAAAGUCUGCAAGAUGAAUGUGCAUCGGCGGUGCGAGCAGAACGUGGCGCCCAGCUGUGGCGUGGAUGCGAGAGGAAUCGCCAAAGUGCUCGCUGAGAUCGGGGUCACUCCCGACAAGAUACACCAGUCCACCAUUAAGAAGAAGAAGCUGAUUACAUCGUCGGACUCGCAGACGCCAAGCCCUGGGGUGGUGGCUGCUGACCCAGAGAAAUCUCGGCCGAUUCUGGCCUCCCCCAGUGAGGAAGCCUGCACUGGAGCGAAAGAGUUGGAGAGCGGAGUGAAGAAAGCCCUCUCGUUCGAGGCUCCCAGCGAAGGCAAAGCGGCAGAAAACGGUGAAGGGGCCCCUCCCACGACGAACCGCCUCUGCCGCCGCUACGGUCUCGACGACUUCUCCUUCAUCAAAGUCCUCGGCAAGGGCAGCUUCGGAAAGGUGAUGCUGGGAGAACUCAAGGGCACGGACGAGGUUUUUGCCGUCAAGGUCCUGAAGAAGGACUCGAUAAUCCAGGACGACGACGUGGACUGCACCAUCACCGAGAAGCGUAUCCUGGCCCUGGCGCGCAAGCACCCCUACCUCACCCAGCUCUUCUGCAGCUUUCAAACAAGGGACCGGCUGUUCUUUGUCAUGGAGUACGUCAACGGAGGGGACCUCAUGUUCCAGAUCCAGCGCUCCAGGAAGUUUGACGAGCCGCGCUCGCGUUUCUACGGGGCUGAGGUUACGUCGGCGCUCAUGUUCCUCCACCGCCACGGCGUCAUCUACAGGGAUCUGAAGCUGGACAACAUCUUGCUGGACGCUGACGGACACUGCAAGCUCGCCGACUUCGGCAUGUGCAAGGAGGGCAUCCUCAACGGCAUAACCACCUCCACCUUCUGCGGAACGCCCGACUACAUCGCCCCAGAGAUCCUGCAGGAGCUGGACUACGGCCCGUCCGUGGACUGGUGGGCCCUGGGGGUGCUCAUGUAUGAGAUGAUGGCCGGGCAGCCGCCCUUCGAGGCCGACAACGAAGACGACCUCUUCGAGUCGAUCCUCCACGACGACGUCCUCUACCCCGUGUGGCUCAGCAAGGAGGCCGUGUCCAUCCUGCGCGACUUCAUGACCAAGAACCCAAAUAAGCGGCUGGGCUGCGUGGUGACGCAGGGGGGAGAGGAGGCCAUCAAGCGCCACUCGUUCUUCCGCGAGAUCGACUGGGACCUCCUUGAGCAGCGCAAGAUCCGUCCGCCCUUCAAGCCCCGCAUCAAAACCAAGAGGGACGUGAACAACUUCGACCAGGACUUCACGCGCGAGGAGCCGCUGCUGACGCCGGUGGACAGCAGCGUCGUGAAGCAGAUCAACCAGGACGAGUUCCGGGGCUUCUCCUUCUCGGAGGACGACGCCCAGUGACGGUCGACUUGCCGGCGACGUGGCGCGGCCAUCACUCGAUCGUCCGUCCGCUCGCUCCCUCCCUCCCUCCCCCCUCGCUCACGCGAGGUGGCGCCUGCUCGCUGACAGACAGACACGACGGUGUUGAGAUUUUAUUUAUUUGCAGCAAACAAAAAGUGGAGCGGGAAUCGCAAAAAAUGGGGACCUCCCCCCCCCCCCCCCCCCCCCCCGUGAUGCGGUGAAAUUAAACCCGGGUUGUUGACGGGCGUUAGCCAGGCGGCACGUGAGCGCUCUUCAAGUUGGAGGUGUGUCACUUGCUACCGGGAGUCCUUAUCGAUUCCCGUUUACAUGUUUUUGUUUUGCUCGACAUAAAAAGUAAUAUUGCUGAUGCAGCGACAAAAGAAUACUAAUUAUUUAUUCUUUACUCCUGGCCGUAGAGCGUGUAAAAGCGUCUACCUUUGCACGGAAAACAAAAGUAUAAACGGACGACGGCUCUGUUACUGAUGGGCGCAACUCAAAACGCUCCAAUGUGUUUGCGUGAAAUGUUCCGACGGGGGCGUUCUGUUUUCCUCCCCACAGUUAGUUUAAUUGUAUAGUGUUAGUAGCAAGCAAACGUGCCCGCGCGCGCGUGUGUGUGUGUCUCCUCCGGUAAAAUAUGCGUCUUCUGGCGGAUUUAAAAAAAAAAAAACAUUGAUGGGCGUAAACGCACCGCCGUUUCGCAUCUCGCUGUAAAACUGACACAAUUAACUAUUUAAAAUAUUUAUGCGAUUUUAUUUUAUGACACCUCCCCCCCCCCCCCCCCCCCUCCUUUUUGUAAGCAGGAAACUUGUUACCCUGAAGUGGAACCGACGUGUGGCGGUUGCCUACCGUGAUCGGUUGGGGAGGGGGAGGAUGGUGACACUGUGUUAGAAAAAGUCUUGCCAUUUUAACACUCCUCAUCAUUUCGUUCGUGGUGUGGCUCUCCAGAGCAGUAGUGUUUUGUUACAGAGUAGAUUGUAGUUAGGAAAGUAGGGGGGGGGGGGUAGUGGUGGGGGGUGGGGGCGCUAUUUUAAAAUCCCACCAUCCACUCCCACACCCACCCGUGCCUUUACCUCCACCCGCAACCUCCGAUUAGCACGGUUGGCUAUGUACGGUGCGAAAGAAGUUAAACGUGCAUAUCCGUACACCCAUUGUAGUAACUCUGCACGUAAUUGCACGAAUUAAUUUGUACGCGUCGGCUUGGAAACGUGACGUUUUUAACAACAAAAAGCACCGAGGGGUGUUCCGAUGAAGUGACUUGGUUGAAUUUACGGCAGUAUUUCUUAUUCCCCAUCCACUGACGUUUUUGCACGCAAGUUUCAUUUUCCACCUUGAAAAAAAAAACAUUCUUAAUGAGGUCUCCGCUUAAAUUCCGCAUUAACCCCCUCCUCCGAGUGGCGUGCAGAUGGUGGGAGAGUUAUCGUGGUUUUUUUUGUCAUAGUUUUUUUUAUAUAUAUAGUAUUUUAAAUUAACGCUUACUAAUAGAGUCAUUAGUAGACACGUAAAAAUCAAAUGUCUUCGUUACGUCAUUUUGUUACUCUCGAAAAGUCGCGCGGUGUCGUGCCACGUUGGUUGUCAGCCUUUGCCCCCCAGACGUAAACGGGGCUGUGGUAAGUGGCGCAUGACGGUAAUCGGUUCUGUGGGUUACGUAACUGUGAUGUAAACGUCGUACCCUGUCGCUCGCCGACAGACAGACAGGCGAAACCGUGUGGGUUUUCUGGAGAGCGUGUUUGGUAUGGAUGUGUGGGCUUAUUGACGUGACACUGUGGUUUCACCAGCUGCUUGCUUUAGGCCAGCAAACCCGUGCUGUUUAGACCCCCCCCCCCCCCCGGAAUGUGCUCGUUCCGGAAUGUGUGUGUUUUAAGGGUGCUGCGUACAGUGCAAGAACCACUGCGCGAGUGAAUACAGGUUCUCUUUUAAGAUGAAACGUCACCAGAAUUAUCGUGUUCACGCAUAUUUGAAACAAGCAUUUUGAUGUAUUGAUUUUAUUUAAAUUAUCUGUACAAUUCACUCCACUGCUGGACUGGAGCCCUCCCCGCAACACGUGGUUCGUGGGGGGCUAUUUGUCCACACUUAAUGUUGGUCAGCGAGGGUUGGCGAAUGCUGGGAGCAUAGACAUUGGGGCAUAGUGCAGUACAACAAUGGAAAUUGCUGCACUGCCCUCUGCUGUCCGUAUUGUGGCCCCACAGCAGGCCCAGGAUACCCGAUCCAUGAAUGGUGAUCGCCCAUCUAAGCACGAACCAGAUAGCUGCUAAAAUCGCAUGAGAUCAGGUGCAUUCCUAGGUGAUUUGGUCACCGGAUUAAUUGUUUUUGUUGUCACCCCCCCCCCGCACCUCCGAUUAGCACAGGUGCGAAAUAAGUUCAACAUACAUCUAAAUAUUUGGCUUUUGCAACAACUACAACAAGAUUAUUCCAAUAAAAGUGGAGUCGGACAUGUUCACGCAAGCCAAUACCUCAAAAGAACUCCUCUACUCGUGGAAUCUUCUGUUGUUGCCGACCAACAAUGCGUACACGUGCACUGACCGUAUUAUUUAGUCCACCGUGAGCCAGCCGAUUAGGAUAACACUUUUAAAGAUGAAAGAAAGAACCUCCCCCCCCCCCCCCCCCCGAUUUAUUAACCGUUCUGUGCAAUUAUGUCGUCGGUCGCUUGGCCGAUAAUGUCUCCAAGUGUCGGCGAGUGGCGGGCGGGCGGGGUGGCGUACGUCGUGAUGGAUUUGUUGGCGCUUUGACAGUUCAUCGUUUUUUGUAGGAAGCGAGACCGGCUUGUGGCCGGCCCCCGACCCACCUUUUGUCGGCCCCACCACCGAUGCAGGUCUCUCCGACGGGGGGGGGGGGGGGGGUGGCGCACGGCGUUUGUAUCAACACCCACGGGGGAGAUCAGCCAUUCCCUCGCCGCGUCGUCGUAACGUCGCGUCACGUCGUUGCGUUGGCAAGUUGUUAAACGACGAUCCCCGCGAGAAGUUCGCAACGUUAAGGCGGUCGCCCCUCCAAUAGCCGGUCCAAUCGCUCCACACCCCCCCCCCCCCCCGCGACUGCUGUCUGUUUACGGAAUUCAACUGUCGUUACGUCUUUCUGUUUUAUCAUUCAGGGGGGGGGGGGUGUUGUUUUUGAGGGUCAACGUAUUUACACGGCGCACCGAGGUGGAGGAGGAAGAAGAAGAAAAAAUAAAUAUGAAUAAUCGUUAAUCGCGGGACGGCUUUUGGACAACGAGGCUCUUUGUUUUCCCCGUGAUAAUUAACAUCGCUUAGCUCGGCUCACAUUGAGCGGCGAGUUGCACACGGGGGUGGGGGGGGGGGGCAAAGAAGUCCGUUGUGUGUGUGUGCACGUAGAUUAGACAGGUCUUAUGAGAGGUCUUAUCCAGGGUGCGUGAUUAGUGCGCCCCGGUUGCAUUUAUGUGUUUUGUUUUUGUUACACUCGAUAACAAACACUCCCAACGUCGGUGAAUGCAAUUGCAUCCCGUGUGCUCGUCGCGUCGCCGAUGGAUACGUGCAUUCGGAGUUUAAUGCCGAAAAUGACGACGAGAAACUAUAAAAACUAAAUCAAGCAAUCGAGCGACCUACAGAAUGUUCCGUUCACUUUUGACUUUUUUUUAAUUCCGUAUGUGUGUACACAAAUACACUAAGACACGUGUAUAAACAUUGAGUCGACGUUUAUAUACCAAAUGUUCAACAUGUGCACAUUUGUUAUAGCUUAUGACCCAAUCUGUAUACACGCUGUAUAUAUAAAAUUAUGUCAUUGCAGGUUGAAAAUACUUGACAAGCCUUGUCAUUAACUCUCCCUUAUAACUGACAAAUGUCAUCAGUUGCUGUAUAUUUUCAGUUAUAAGUGUGACCGACGAUAAUAAUAACAAAAGUAGUGGUAAUGGACCUCGUCUUCUGGUUACACCACCACUGGGCAAGGCAGUUUCUCAACGAAAGACUAAACCCAUAAAACGAAUCGCCCGUAUAGCCACAAACCUCGGCUGUGCAUGCCUUUUGCGGUCCCACUUGACUUUUACGCUUCAUUGGUGAGUAACAAACGGCUCUAAAAGUGACUUGCGGGUGACCCAACCUAGGUGUGUAGCUAUACGACAAGAGCCCUUCGUGGUUUGUGUCUUCACUUUAACCGAGUUCUCUGCAGUGUGUGCUGCAACUUGUUCUGCACGAAAUUCAUGCGGAGUAUUCCCUCUUGAGCAGGAUUUGUGAGCAAUUUAGCCGAGCCCGCUUUUGUCGUAAGAGUCUGCGUGCAUGGCUGGCAUUGAGCCAUUUUCACCACCGAGUACUAUCUACUAUUCUACCAAUAAUGCAUGUGGUACAUGUGCCUAUAUUGUGGCACGCACCAGUACGUGUGUGUGUGUAUAUACACGUGCGUUACACGCACGUACGCCGAACACAAGAUGCAACUCCCCCCACCCCCCCCAAGAAAACGAAUCGUUCAUGUAGGCGUGUAACGACACUCGUCUUGCAGGAGUCUGACACUUCAUUAAUCAGAAGAAAAAACAAUGCUUUUAAAGUUGCUACCAAGUGCAUCGCCGUAGCACUUUCGUGACAUCAAUGCGCGUUGAUGAAGUGUAAUGGUGUCACGAUAGCAUGCCACAGUGACGCACGCGAUCGUAACUUUGUAACUCUCGUGCAUGAAUUAUUAAAAACAUUCUGAUUAGAUGUCGGCGGUGAAAGUGUUCUCGUAUAACUUCAUAGCAGUCGGAUAUACACUUAUUUCGUAGUUGCCCCCCACAUUGGACACAUUGCACAAGAGGGUUAAAGUAUUUUUUUGCAUAAACGUUUUUUUUUUCACAACGCUACGCAUUCGUAUCGGACGCACAGCCUAGAUAUUUAUGUACAAGAUAAUAGCUGUUUGUGGGGAGGUGGGGGGGGGAGGUUUAUUUUGUGUUAGGUCGCGACUUUAAAGAGAGGCACUUUGUUCGUGAGAAAAGUGUGGCUUCCGUGUUGGCUCGCACGCUCAAUGAAUGGCUCGGUGUUGGUGCCCAGACGGUGGCUUCGCCGUCUUAUCUGCACGGAACUUACCUGGUCUGCCGUACAUCAACAACAGCGACGCAGAGUCGCCGUCUCGCCGCGCGCAUCCUUUGCUAUUCUGAGCAUGCAUUACUAAAGGAGCCUGCUUCCGGCGCUGUAUAUUGACGAUGUAACUGUCGCCUCCACUGUCAGUAUUGUGAUAUCUUAAUGCAGUGUUCCCCUCGACAUUUCUCUCUAGCGACCCCACGUGCCCCCCCCCCUACCCCAUCCCCAUCUUAUUUCUUCCCCCGGAAAAAGGAUGACCGUCGCCCAUUGUUAUUAAUGGUAAACAAUCAAAUUCACGUAUAUAGCUGUGUAUCAUAUAAUUACAUAAUAUAUGCAUAAUGAUACGUGUUUGAAGUCGCUGCGUCGAGUGAAAUAUAAAUAUAUAAUUUUAAUUUCCUCCGUGUCUCUCUGGCUUUAAAAAAAAUCUAAUGUUUGUUGUACAGUUCCACCCCCCCAUAUUAAUAAGAUCGACUCCCAUGCAGGUGUGUAUUGAAUAUGUGAACAUAAACAUCGUGUGUGCCGCUGUGUAACGUGUUCCACGUAUAUCUACUGUGACUGUUCAAUAAAUAAAUGUUAUUUGCAAAACGCG